AUGCAAUCCAACACGGAUCGGGACGAAUUUUGUCGAGAAUCGACGUCGGAUCCGGCCGGUUCCGACCGGGUCCUGACUCAAGAGAUUGCUACAAACGAUGACGUCGAACCAAUCACCCGUUAUGAUGAUAACACUAUUUAUCGGCGAUCUAUUAUAAAACAAUCGACUAACGAAGAAACACGUCCCAUAACUGAGACUAUAAGCAAUAGAACGCCUAGUCGACCAUGUCCACAUGUUAGAUUUCCACGAUGGUGUCUGAUACCAUUAUUAUUGUUGGGACUGGCGUUAUUCGCAGCUAUUUUGGGAGUAGGAAUAGGGCUUGGUGGUCGGCACAAGUCGCUGUUUGAAAGUUGUGGUGCAAAUUCGAUUUGCAUGAAUAAUGCAGCUUGUACCAACGGUUUGUGUAUUUGUAGUAGCGGCUAUUUUUAUGACAGUACAACUGGUCUUUGUAUUUCACAAGUGGGAAUCGGACGUUCUUGUGCGGCAACAAGUAACUGUAUCACAAAUGCCUACUGCACAAAUGGCUUAUGCGAAUGUAACUCUAGCUAUUAUCCAAGUCCAACAUUAGGCAAUUGUCAACUGUUAAAAACAUAUACUACUAGUUGUCAAUAUGAUAUAGAAUGUGCAUUCACUUUUGAAUGCCUCAAUGGUGCCUGUGCAUGUAAUUCAUCCAAAUUUUACAGUACACAAACAGGUCUGUGUCAAAAACUCGGUUUACCAAAUGAAGAUUCAUGUUACGCUGAUUACAAUUGUAUUUCAACAGCGGUGUGCAUCGGUGGACUAUGCCAAUGUCCAACGGACUUUUUCUAUCAGGUAUUAACCAACACAUGUGACCGUAAAGUACGCAUAGGUGGCUUUUGUACGCAAUCCUAUCAGUGCAUCACAAAUGCAAAUUGCACGUCCCUGCAAACCUGCCAGUGUAACAAUGGUACUCAAUAUUCAAUUCAAACGGGGCAAUGCAUAACGCCAAUUUCUUACGGCCAAGCGUGCGUUCAAACAGCCGAUUGUGUCAUUAAUCUUAUUUGUGUAUCAUCCAUAUGUCAGUGUGGGACAAAUCAACAAUAUUAUAAUCCUUCUAAUACGACGUGUUUAAAUAAGGCGACAAUAUCUCAAGCAUGUUCAGCUUUUGGACCGUAUUGUGAUGAUGUUAGACUUCUGACAUGUUCAGCAAGUGGGCCUUAUUGCCUUACUACGGUUGGUUUAACGUGUAGUACAGUGACAAAUCUGUGCGUUUGCACAAAUUCACCCUCUUAUUACUGGAAUGGCUCGAUUUGUCUACCCACGUUUGCAGUGGUGGAACUUGUACCUGUGCGUCAGGAUCAUAUCUUAACACAAGUAUAUGCUCCACUCAAUCAGAUGUAGGUAAAUCGUGUAGUGCGAGUAGUCAAUGCCAAAGUCCAUUGAUCUGUGCAUCACCGAAUAAUAUCUGCAAUUGUAAUGGAAGUUACUACUUAGAUUUGGUGACAGUUGCGUGUCUUUCAAAAAAAGCAACAGGCACUGGAUGUACAUACCCGUUUGAAUGUCUGAAUACAUGCACUACAAGUGUCUGUACUUAACAGCACUUCAUGUCGUAACACUGACCGUUUUCCAAACUGAAAAAAGUCUUUUGGUGAUAAUGCCUUCGUAGAAGUAUCGCUCACAAGUGGUCAUACUUACAUAACCAACCUUUUGAUAUAUUCAUAUUCUAUUGAUAGACUUAAUGAACUAUCUUUACUAUUCAUUGGUAUUUAAAUUAAUUCGCAAAAUUCUCCAGCAGUUGCUCAUUUUCUAACAUAGUCUACUUGUUACGAAUGUACCUUUCCCCAUACAAGCCAUCUCCUACAGGUGUACUUGCGCUGAAUUGUCGCUAGCUAAGAUGUUUAGCCAUGUUUUUCUAAGUCAGAACAUUUUUAACAAAAACUUCAAAGGCCGGUUUCCUAGGUGAUUUUCGAGCAACCAGCUCGAAUUACCGCAGAACGAUAUAGCAACCCAUCGAUGCUUCUUCAUCGAUAAAUACUCAAAAGUGUCUUCUACAAAAUGAGAUUUAAGCGACGCCUUCAAAAGCCAUGGUUCUGUCGCAAACACGGUUUUUCCAAGACUAGCAGGACUCGCUCUUCCUUUGGUCCAAUAAUCUCAGAACUACGCGGAACACAGGUAAGCGAUGCUUAUGCAGUGCCUUCUUAUCCUAUGUACUAAUUGUGCUAUAGCACAGGGGCCCGGCUGACUCAGGGGCCCAAUCGAACGGCUUAAGCCUUGCAUUUUGUUAUUAUUAAAAAAAUACAAAUUGAUGUGUUGAAAACGUUAAUGAUCAGUACAGGGGCCACAAAUUUCUUAAAACAGCUCUGUGCUUAUGAAUCUUGUAGCAAUGUUUGUUUUGUUGCUGAACGUAGAAUAUCUCUGUAUGAUGACUUUUUAAAAAAUCGGGCUUUGGGCUGAUUACCGUGUAAAACUAAAACAUUUAUAGUGCCGUUGUUGUUCAUCCAAACCAUUUGAAAUUUUUGCAGUAAACACCCGAUAGAUCAUUUUAUCGAUCAUAACCGUCAAAAUCACAAAAGUCUAUGGUAAUCUUUUCAUUUGUACAACAUGCUGAGAUCAAUUUUCUUAAUCAUACACCGUCUCUAGUGUAUCAUACUAAGUAUCAUACUAAGAUAAUCACGGCGAUAUCAACGGAAAAUUAGAGAGCCAAAUGCAUGUCAGAAAGACUGGAAAGUUGACUGAGUGGAGCGGCACACAGACGAAAUUAGAACAGCCAGAAAGUCAUAACGCUUAGAUUAGUUUUCAUCAAGAAUAUACAUUGCUAUAUCAGUUGAUCGACUGGCGUGCUUUUACUGGGUAUCCAAACCGUAAUAAAGCAGCCCAAAAAGUGUUAUUCCUAAUUUUUGCUAUGAAAAAAAGCAUUUUCUACUUAAUUUAAGUUUUCAACUUUUAUCUGCUGGAUUUGCUUGGUGCGCUUCGAUUUUCAAAAUGAAAAACUGUAUUUACGAUUUUUUAGCAUGAACAUUGGCUUCUACAAACUCAGCUCUAGCAAAUAGUUUUUAGAAAAUUACUUAGGGCAUAACAAAAGUAUGGGCAGUGACACUUUAAUACCGUACAGUAGGCUUAAAGUAACUUUCGUCUAUAUAAUCUGAUAGAGAAAAAAAAGCUCUGUCUUUCUAUGCUAUUUGAUGGUACUUCAACUAAUAUCAUAAUAUUAAAUUAUCUUUAAAACCUAUUUCGGCUGGUUAUGUGCCGGUUGUAUUCAUACUAAUUUUGAAAAAAUACGAGUGAGUAUUUUUGAAUAACUUUUAAUAAAAGCAAGAUAGAGAGCUGCGGUUUUCACCGUUGGAAAGAGGAGAUGAAGACGCAUCGAAUCAUAUAGGUUUGCUUGCUUUGUUUCUUGUAAGGUUCUCAAUUGGCCUUUUUAAGAACAAACAUAUUUGAUAAGUUGUUUACAGUGAAUUUUCAAUUAUCAAGUGUAAAUUCAACCCACUAAUCGAAGAUCUACAAAGUGCGAAAGGUUGAGAUGAAUAAUAUGCAUUUUAGUCGAGUUUUUAAUAGAAUUUUCUAGGAAAAUCUGUGAAAAGAGCUCACUUUUGUGCUUUUUCCUUUUUCCAUAAAGAAAAACAUUUUUCUGACACUUAGAAAAUUGAACAAAAAUACUUCAGAAAUCAAUAUUGGAAAAGCCUAUAAUAUAUGAUUCGACGCAUCUUCAUUUCCUCUUUCCAACGGUGAAUACCGCAGCUCUCUAUCUUGUUUCUAUUUAAAGC